AGCAAAAGCGUCUUUGUACUUUGUGAAGAGCAACCUUUAAAUCGUAAAGAAACGUAAUAGAACGAACAAAAAUAUAAUAAGAUAGUGGGACACAUAAUAAGUGAUAUUGAUAAUACACUCACGUAUUAUUAAUUAUGCGUCUGCGACAACGUUGUUGCAUCUCGACAUGAAGUUAUUAUCGACCUUUGCCAUAAGUGCGUACAGACAUUUAGGUUACCUCGGUGCUAAUCGACCUAACUGUUCCGUCAGUUGGAGAAAAAUGGCGACCGAGGUGGAGAAGGCACAAUCAGCUGUGCCAGAAAGUGAUACAAUAUUUGGAAAAAUAUUACGUAAGGAGAUCCCAUGCAACUUUAUUUACGAAGAUGACCAGUGUGUUGCAUUUAAUGAUGUAAAUCCUCAAGCACCUGUACACUUUUUGGUGAUUCCGCGGAAACCAAUUCCGCAACUUUCCAAAGCUCAAGAUGAAGACGAACCUUUACUUGGCCACUUGAUGAAUAUUGCUCAUAAAGUUGCAAAGGAGAAAGGCUUAACAAAUGGAUUUCGCCUGGUUAUCAAUGAUGGAAAACAUGGUGCACAAUCUGUGUAUCAUUUGCAUUUGCAUGUUCUUGGCGGUCGACAAUUGCAAUGGCCACCUGGCUAAUAUGGUCGUGUGUUAAAUAUACAGACACAACUUUUAUUAUGAAACAUAAGGUGGUGUAAAAUUAGUAGCAAAGGUAUGGGUUUUGUCAAAUUUUUCUAUCCUAAAUUUGUUUAAAAUGUAUGCUUGAAAAAUAUUGUUAAAAAAAAAU